AUGGACCGGUUCUACGCACAACCCAUAUGUGCAAACUCAAACCCAUCUCUGAAACAGAGCCAUCACAUCCCCACAGCCAACCCCAAACGCCUCACCCCCUCGCAAACCACCAUCUCCUCAGCCAUCUCAAGCAUCCAUCACGAAUUUGUCAAGUUUUCACAAAUCCUUCGAAGAGCCAA